UCGAUAAAUCUACACAUAAUGCCUGAUUUUUAAUUUCCCGCGAAACGCAGACACACACAAUCCCUUGCUAGUGCACCAACUAACUCUAGUACCACAGCUAACUGAUAUUGGAGACUUCCCUGUAACCAUGGGAAUACAUGGACUUGCUAAACUGAUUGCUGACCAUGCACCUGGCGCCAUAAAAGAACAAGACAUCAAAAAUUAUUUUGGCAGGAAAAUAGCUAUAGAUGCUUCUAUGUGCAUCUACCAGUUCCUGAUUGCUGUGAGACAGGAUGGAAAUGUUCUACAGAAUGAAGAUGGAGAGACAACAAGCCACCUGAUGGGAAUGUUCUAUCGGACAAUCCGCAUGCUGGAACACGGUAUCAAACCAGUGUACGUAUUUGAUGGCAAACCCCCACAGCUCAAGUCAGCAGAGUUGGAGAAGAGAGGGGAGAGGAGGGCAGAAGCGGAGAAACUGCUCGCUCAAGCUCAGGAGACAGGAGAACAGGAGAACAUUGACAAAUUUACGAAACGUCUGGUUAAAGUCACCAAGCAGCACAAUGAUGAAUGCAAGAAGCUCCUGACCCUGAUGGGAGUGCCCUACAUUGAGGCUCCCUGUGAAGCUGAGGCUAGCUGUGCCGCUCUGGUUAAAGCAGGGAAGGUGUUUGCCACAGCAACCGAGGAUAUGGACGGACUGACCUUUGGGACCAACGUUUUGCUCAGACACCUCACAGCCAGUGAAGCAAAGAAACUUCCUAUCCAAGAGUUCCACUUUAGUCGCAUGCUGCAAGACAUUGGCCUGACCAAUGAACAGUUCAUAGACCUGUGUAUUCUGCUGGGCUGUGACUACUGCGGCACCAUCAAGGGAAUUGGCCCCAAGAGAGCCAUCGACCUGAUCAGACAGCACGGCAACAUCGAGGAGAUCCUAGAAAAUAUUGACUCCAGCAAGCACCCUGCUCCAGAGGACUGGCUGUACAAAGAGGCCAGGGGUUUGUUUACAAGCCCAGACGUGGUGGAUUGUUCCACUGUGGACCUGAAGUGGAAUGAACCAGAUGAGGAAGGACUGGUCCAGUUCAUGUGCAGUGAGAAACAGUUCAGUGAGGACAGGAUCCGUAAUGGCUUUAAAAAGAUCAUGAAGAGCCGCCAAGGCAGCACACAGGGCCGACUGGACUCCUUCUUCACCGUUACUGGAUCUCUGUCCUCCAAACGGAAGGAACCUGAGGUAAAAGGAUCAGCAAAGAAGAAGCAGAAGACCGGAGCCACGCUGGGCAAAUUUCGGAAGGGCAAAUAGACUGAAAAACAAACCCUUUAGAUCCAUCUACUAAAAUAAAUAAAUAGAGAACAUAAAAAAACCAAGGUCCUAGAUGUGGGUGAUGAAGAUGAUACAUGGAACGAACAGCUGAACUGUAAAUGCUCGAUGAAAAUGAUUUGUUGAAGUAAAACAUUAAAGCUGGAUGUGUUUUAUUAAGGGUUUUAAGAGUGCUUACUGUAGUGGAAUAAAAGAAAUGACGCUUUUUUU